AUGCCUGGUACCCAUCUCCUCCCCCCGAAUCUUCUCAAACUCUUUGCGCCGCGCCCGCCGCUCCCCUACCAGCGCCCGCUCGACCGCGACAUUGACCGCGUCAGGCCGAAAAAUGUCCACGGCGUCGGCGAGAUACUCCAGCGCCUGAGGGUCGAGGAGGCCUCCAAGCCGCACGACGAAAACAUGGAAGAGGGCGAGGAGCCCAACUUCACGCUCGCCGAGGAGGUCAAGCGCCAGAUACGCAGAGAGGAGCGCAAGAAGAAGAAGACGGAGGACUUCCAGCGCGCAAAGGACACUUACAAGCCCGCCGACGACCCCGAGGCGGUUGGCGACCCGUACAAGACGCUUUUCAUUUCUCGACUACACAAAAACGCGACUGAGAGCGAUUUGAGACGCGAAUUCGAGAGCUACGGCAUGAUCGAGCGCGUCAGGAUAGUGCGCGACAAGCAGGGCAGGAGCCGAGGCUACGCUUUCAUCGUGUAUGAGCGCGAACGCGACAUGAAAACCGCUUACAAGGAGUCGGACGGGCUUGUGAUUCUCGGCAAGCGAAUUCUCGUUGACGUAGAGCGUGGACGGACAGUGCGCGGGUGGAAACCUAGGCGUCUGGGCGGUGGACUUGGGGGACGGCCAAAGAAAGUCGAAGCAGCACCCCCACCCUUCGCAGGUCCGCCGAGUCGUGGAGGCUUCCGUGGCGGCUUCGGCGGCGGUGGCGGGUUCAGAGGCGGAGGGGGUGGUUUCCGCGGUCGUGGAGGCGGCGGAGGAUUCAGGGGUGGAGGUGGUGGUGGCUUCAGAGGUGGGCAUGAUGAUGGCCCACGCCCAAUGGACAGCGGCUAUGGCGGUCGUGGUGGCCGCGGGGGCUUCAGGGGUCGCGACGACGGUGGAUUCCGGUACGUCGCUCAACCUUCGAAGUAUCGAGCUCGUGCUCACGAUCGCAGUGGGGGUCGCGGUGGCGGCAUCGGCUAUGGCGGCGGAGGUGGGUUCGGUGGGCCUCCUGACGGUUUCGGCGGUCCUCCAGGUGGCGCGCCGGGCGGUUUUGGUGGGCCCCCGGGUGGCGGCUACGGCGGCGGCGGCGGCGGUGGGUAUGGGCCGCCCAAUGGUGGCGGCUUCGGCCCGCCUGGUGGCGGCUUCGGCGGAGGCGGCUUCAAGCGCGAGGCGCCUGGUGGGUAUGAUGACAGGGACGCUAAACGCCCUAGGUAUUAG